AACACUAAAAAUCAGCACCAGCAAACGCUGAAUUUUAGUUUGUUUUAGUUACAAGAUUCGCGAAAACCUUUUGGGAAAAUUGCUAAAUUAAGUUGCAAAUUAACGGAUUGGAGCACUUCAAAAGUAGUGCGUUCGAAACAAUGCGCAGCAUGUGGCCGCAAACGUUGGAAAUGUCCCGCGACGAAUGUCGGGGCAUGCUGCGUCGACUUGAGUUAGAAUCGUAUUCGCAUGUAAUAAGCGUUUUUCGCGCCCAAGGCUCGCUAAGCGAACCGAAAGCCAAGCUGCUCGAGGAGUUACGCCAACUGUUUCACAUAACCCAGGAACGUCAUCGGGCGGAGGUGCGCCGCGCUGCUAACGAUGAACAAUUAUGCACAAUUGCCGAGAACGUCUGCGGUCCAAACACAUGGCAGGAAUGGUCACGUGAAGGUCGUCGCCCAUAUCCGCUGCUGCCUCGAAUUAGUCCGCAAACUGCCCUGAGCAUUGUGGCCAACGAUCUGGCUGCCAAGGCGUAUGCGGAAAACAGCAAACUUCCGCCACCAAAUGAAACUGGGGCAAAUCUAAGUGAAACGCUACGAGAACAGUCAGCCUAUCAGACCCUUAAGCAUGGCAUAACAAAACAUCAGGAGCCAAUCGUGGUCAUGGAUGAGCCGUUUAAGGUGCCCGACUUGCCCAACGAAAUAAAAAAGGCCACUCUAAAGCGAAAGGAGAAUGAGAGCAGCGACACGAAACCGAAUAAGAAACGCAAUACACAACAAGAUAGACAGAUGGCACAGCUGCAGCAGUUGCCAUCCCAGCUAAGUGGGGGCAAGGAUGAGGAUGGGCAACUUGUGCCUCUGGAGCAGCGUCCCAGUGCCCGUACACUGCAGCAACGAUACUUCUAUCAGCAGCAACAGAAACACAAACAACGAUUGGCAAGCAAAAAGGGCAGCGGGAAUCCGUUGGCCAACAAUAGUAAUGCUUCCGGUGUCGGCAUCAAUACGAAGCCGGCUAAGAGCGGCCGGCGGAGAGCACAAAAACAGCUACAACAACAAAUGCAACAGCAGAAGCAACUUCAGCAACAGCAGGAACUACAACAGGAACAAGAUCAGCAGCCCAAUCAUUUGGUGCAGCCGCAUGUGGAAUACAUUUUAGACGAGGCGCUCAAAUCGGUUGCGGCCACCAAAUUAAAAACGAUACCUGCCGCUCGCGUUGUCUAUGGACCGCCGGAGAUGCUCUCGCCGACGACGCCGCGCACAUUUGUUAAUUCGCCCAUUGUUUUCAAAGAGAAAUUAUCGCCGACGACGCAGACGAUUCAGCCGCCACAAUUGAGCACGCCUGUUAAGAAAUACAUUGUAGAAGAACGCCAGCAGCCAGGCGGCACGCAGCCAGCGUCCGCAAAUAUCUCAACGGCUAACUUGCCGCUGGCGCCACAGAUUAUAAGCGUUCAGCAAAUAGCAGCCCCACCGAAAGUACGGACAACGGCAAGCGGCACCAUUUUGCCAGCUGGCACCAAGCUGACGCCGAAGAAGAUCAAUCUGAUCGACAAGCAGCAGCUGCCUUCCGUGCCCAACACAGCCGUACGUCUCUUGCCCUAUGAGCAGCAAUCGGCCGCCAGUCCAACGACGUCCGUCAACAAUCUCGGCAGCAGCAAGGCUCCAGCCACAGCUGCAGUGCAGAAAUACAUUGUCGAGGAGCGAGUGCCCAGCCAGACUGUGGCCAGCGUGGCGAGCACACCGUUGAGCAGCGCCUCGGCUGUGAAUAUUAUAAAGAAUAUACCAGCGAGCAGUUUGAACAACACGCUCAUCACGCCCUUAAGCAGCUCCUCAGGGGCGCCUGUGGGGCCGCUAUUUCGCAAGGCGACGGCGACAACAACAAGCACGGCGGCGACGUCGGUGGCGGCAGCUGGCAGCAGCAGUGGUUCAGUGGCAUCGACCUCACAGAUAUUGGGCAACAUAAAGCUGACCAGCGCCAGCGGCAUCAAGCAUGUGCCUAGCAGCGCGCUGCGCAACAUCAAGAUCUGCUCGCCCAACGGCAAACUGUUCCUGCAACCGGCCAAGCUGCAUACGGGCAGCAUCAUACACAAGCUGAAUCCAUCAAACGUUGCCGCUGGCGGUGCUGGUGUUACUGUCAGCAGUGCUGCUGUCUCGCCCACUGGCGUCGGCACGCCCUCCUCGCCGCAGUCGUCGCAGCAGCGAAUAACGAUACAGAAAAUGCAGCUGCUAACGCCCACUCAAGUGAUCUCGAGUGCCGCGGGCGGCACGAGCAACGUGAGUGUCGUCUCCACGUCCAGCAUGGCGAGCAGCGGCACCAAGGUUAAGCCCACAACAUUGACGCUCGGUCCGGCAGGGGUUGGCAAGAAUAAUUUGGUGUUUUUGCCGACGAGUGGAAUGCGAGCAGUCACACUGGCCUCCAGCAAACCCAAGCCCAGCGGCGAGCUGCUGGCAGCCAAGCCCAAUGUCCUUGUGAUUGGUCCUUCAACUUCUGUCAAUGCGGCUAACAAUUCACAGGCAACGGGAACGGCAACUGGAACGGGAACGGGCACGGGUGCAGGCACAGGCACGGCAGCGGCUGCGGCUGCGACGUCUUCUGCAUUGGCAAAGCCAAAGGCGAAUCAGCUGAUUACUGAAGAUACGCCUAUAGAUAUCAUUAAUAUGCCCAUCAUUGUGGCAGACAAUGGCGCGCCAGAGACGAAGACGUCGGCCAAGUCGGCGCCAAUGAUGGUCCUCAAUGCCACGGACUGGGAGAUGGAGCUGGAUCAGGCAUCCAAAGCGGCAGCUGCCACGAAUGCAACAGGCACAGCAUCAUCAUCAGCAACAACGACUGCGAAUGAUACAAAGAGCAACAAGCAGCAGUUGGACGAUGUCAUUGUAGAGGAUGCAGCCGGGGAGGACACGGAAAAUGCAAACUCCCAGAUAAAAGAUCGCACCAUAGAAAUGCACGACGAUGGGGACAGUGCCAUUGAGUAUGUGGACAUGGAGCUAGAGCAGCCCAUUGAGAUUGAGUGUACCAGCAACAUAUCGCCAGAGACAAUGACGACGACCACCAGCACGACCACAUCUCUGAAAGCAACUAUAAUGCCACCCCUGGCGGAAGAUGAGAAAAAGCUGGACCAGCCGGCAACAGGAGAACAGGGAACAGGGCCAGCAGCUGUAACGACAACAACGAUCCUGGCAAAGCCAUCGACGCUGCCAUAGGUAGUCCGAUGUGUUCUAACUGUUUAUUUUGUUAUGGUUGCUUCAUUUACGCACAAACAGACAUAUAUACAAACACUCACACAUCCAUACACUAACACACACACACAAAAUGCCCGGUUUAAUUAGGAUUCAGUUAUUAGUUUAGUGGACCCAAGUUCUUUAAGCAAAGUGCAACAUUAUAAUUACUUGUAAAUGUAUUUGAAAAAUAUUUGUAAAAAAAAAAGAAAGAGGAAAAACAGAAA